AUGGAGAAGCUGUCGGCGAGCCUGUCGGAGAUCACUUGGAGCCCGUUGGCGCUGCCGCUGGACGCGGUGGUCAGCAAGUUCCGUCUGCCCACCCUGGUCCGCCUGGCCCACGGUGAAUGUGUGGAGGGCCUGUCGGAGGAGGACGUGGUGCUGUUACACUCCUGUCGUCAGUGGACCACAGUGACGGCCCACAGCUUGGAGGAGGGACACUACGUUAUUGGACCCAAGAUAGACAUCCCUCUGCAAUACCAGGGAAAGUUCAAGUUGUUGGAUGAAGACCGAGACGUCAGGGAUCCGGUCCAGUAUUUUUCCAGUGUGGAGGAAGUCGCUGGAGUCUUCCCUGACCGGGUCUUUGUCAUGGAGACGAUCACUUUUAGUGUCAAGGUGGUGUCAGGGGAGUUCAGUGAGGAUAGUGAGCCCUACAGCUUCACUCUGCAGGCUGGAGAUGAGCUGUCACUCAUGGGGAAGGCGGAGCUUCUCUGUGCCACGCCCUCUAAGGAAAAGACGGGACUGAGCGCACUCUUGAGGCGCCUAGGGAAGACUCCUAGAAGUAAAACUCCAUGCCUGGUCUGUAUGAACCAUCGCACGAAUCAGAGUGUCAGCCUGCCCUUUGGUUGCCGUGGACGCUUUUGCACACGUUCCCCUCUGGAGCAAGGCAUGCUGGGUGGGGAGCACACGGUACGCAGCAUCAUCGAGAGGGUUCGCCUCCCCGUCAACGUAUCCGUGCCUUCGAGACCGCCGCGAAACCCUUACGACCGCCAUGCGGUCCGAGAGGGCCACCGCUACAAGCUGCUUAACAUCGUCAGCAAGACGGUGGUGCUCUGCAUGGUACUCCGUCGACAGGAAGUCUCCCCUUCCCACUUCCUUCUGCUGCGUUGCAUGCCCCGGUUCAACGUGGCCGAGUCCUCCGUCCACACGGCGGCGCUUGAGAGCCUCCUAUUGCGACACGCGUUCGACCCAGAUGCCUACUCUCGAGCUGUCAGGGAAACCCGGCCAGAGCUGGAGUGUAUGACAGAGGAGUGUGUGAGCCCGCGGCGCUCCCGCAUGUGUGUGUCGGGUCAGGACUCCUUGGCGCCGGCACUGCAGCACCUCUCCAUGUGCGGGUACGGGGGUGGGGUUUCGGACAGCCUAUCACAGCGCUGCAGGGACUCUCUCGGAGAGCGUCUGGGGGAGGGCCCAGGUGAGGAGCGGGAGUAUGUGACUCCCGAGUGGACUGAGGCCGAAAUGAGGAUCAGUGAAGAAAUCCCUUACGAGGAACUCUGGACCAAUCAGAACGCAGAGGGUUCGGGGAAGGAGCCAAACCUCAUCUCCUUUCAUUCAUCUUCCUCAUUGGAUGGUUCUCUUGGUACCAUGGUGACAAGAGUGUCGACCCCGCCGCCCGUACCUCCAAAAUCAGAUGCUGUGAGAGAGGAGUGUCGCUACUUGAUCGCCCCUCCGGUUCCCCCUCGCUGCUCCAAAGGAGGGUCUAUCUCCAGUCCGGUGCCCAGCCCUCCCGUCCCACCUCGCUUCCCCAAAACCUCCACCUCCCCGAGACCCAACCUGUCCUUCUACUCCUCUGGACUUCAGGACAGCUGCUCGCCCUCUCCCGAUGCUUCCCUCUACUGUUACCCGUGUUCCUGGGCCGACUGCCCGGCCCCUAACCCUGCCAGUCCCGAGCUCGUCUCGGCCCCCCCUGCAGACAACACAGCCAAUCCUCAGCCAGCACAGGCAACCUGGGCAGAGCCAUGGGUGGACUCCUUCACCUCCUCCGGACCUCGACUGAGGCCGCCACCUCCGCAGAGUCGAUUUGCUCCCUUUGGGGCGCUGAACCCCUUCAACCGCCAGUCCCCUUGCCCCUCACCUGAGCCCACUGCCAAUCCCACGACAGAUUCCUCCAGAGGGGCAGAGGGCGGUGGGACGCCCUCAGGUGUCACUGAAGGGCUGUCCCUGUCCCCUGACCCCACCUGGAGGCCUCCCGCUGACCUGUCUGUGCUGUCAUUGGAGGAGGUGUCGGCCUGCCUGCGGUUCAUCGGCCUAUCAGAGGCAGCCGUGGGGGUUUUCCAGAGGGAGCGAAUCGACGGGAGCCUCCUGGUGCAGCUGACCGAAGACAUCCUGUCACAUGACUUCCACCUGAGCCGACUCCAUGUCACCAAGAUCACACAGUUCAUACAGGGCUGGAGGCCCAAGAUCUAACACACACACGUACACACCACACACACACACACACACACACACACACACAUACUGUCCUGAUAAUGUGCCUGUUGGCUCCUGAGCCAUGCUGAAUGUGCCUUCCACUGUGACCAACGGGCUGCUGAGCCCCACUGACUAAAGCUAAACUUUGCUGAAGGAAACCACGCCACCCUGUGGUCAAAGGAUAGAACUGACACUUGACUGGCUCUCAUCAGUCUGACAGACUGACUCCAUAUUUCCAGUCUGAAUCACAGACUGGGACUGGUUUACUAACAAAUGGCUACGACGGAGAGCAACAUGAGGAGAGUGCCCUGUUGCAAUUCGCAUUCGGGCCAGACAG